AUGAUUCAACUUUCAACUAUUGCUUUUCUUGCAUUCGUAGUUGUAGCAACAGUCAAUGGUUUUACAACAUUUGAACUCCAAUACCAAAAUAUUACAUUAGACCAUCAUAAUUAUUUACGUGCUCGUCAUUGUGCACGACCUCUUCAACUUGAUAAUCAACUUAAUACAAUAGCACAAAAUUAUGCUCAAUAUCUUGCAAGUACGAAUAAAUUUCAACAUUCAAAUAAUGGCUAUGGUGAAAACCUUUGGAUGUCAAGUUCAUCAGCCCCAAUCACCACUAUUGAUGGAGAAGAAGCAACUCAAGACUGGUAUGAUGAAAUUAAAUAUUAUAGUUUUAGUAAACCUGGCUUUUCUUCACAAACUGGUCAUUUUACACAAGUCGUUUGGGGAGGAUCGACUCAUCUCGGUGUUGGUAUUGCUUUCAGCAGCAAUAGCCGAAGUGUCUAUAUUGUUACAAAUUACUAUCCACCAGGCAAUUAUCAAGGUCAAUUUGGACAACAUGUAUCCCCAGCUAAUUGUUAA